AAGCAAACAGCCCAGCAGCAGAGAGCCAACCUGCCACCGCGGUGCAUGCUGGGUGAUAUUGAGGCAGGCUAGCAGCAGCAGCAGCAGCAGCCGGCUGACUCAACCUUCAGUUUCUGCUUCAGUUUCAGCCGUCCUGCGCUGUUCAGCCGGCUUAAUCUGACAACGCAUGGACAGUACUGUCUUUAACUGAAUCAUGGGAAUCAGCGGACAACGUUGCACGGUGUAGCCAGGAGGAUUUGUUGAUCGCCAGAGAAUCAUGGAGCCAGAUGUGAUCCGCAUGUACUCCUCCUCGCCGCCGCCGAUGGAGGACGGUGCAGAGGAAGAGGACAACGAGUUUGGAGACUUCGACACCUUCUCCGGCGUCCCAAACAGCAUCAGCUUCACAGAAUUCGACACCCCGACCACUUUCAACCAGACCCAAGCUUUGAGCGCCACCUCCCCGCCUGAGCUCAUCAACAACAGAGGGGUGAGGGGAUUCAGCCACAGCUCCUCUAACGGCACCCGCGGCCCCAUUAAUGAGCUGUCCAAGGCUAAUGGCGUCGUGCCAGCGAGCCACCUGGGCAGCAGUCCCUCAGAAAGAACUGAGAUGAAAAAGGUCCUCUCCAGCUCUCUGGAUUUCUCGUUGAGAGACACCGCUGGCAGCGAGCCCGCCGACUGCAACGGCGGAGGCACAGAGGUGCUAACAAACGGGUUUGCGACCUUCGACGUUCAGGGAAGCCCUUCCUCGCUGAAUUCUGUCCAUUCUCAUAUAAAAGGAACGUCCACUGAGGACACGGGCAGCUUCCCUGUCGACAGUCCAGAGGACGAUUUUGCAGACUUUGCUGCUUUUUCUAAUGCUGAAGGACACCUCAGCCAGACGGCAAACAAGGACUUGGACAACCCCACGGGGGGUAGCUGGCUGGCGGAGGCUGCCUGCCGCGACAAACGCUGUCAUAUAGAGCAGGGAACGACUUCAGAGGACAAUGUCAGGGACACAAACAGAACUGGACCCAACACAUCCGGCUCUGAUUCCAUAUCUGUUCCUGCCGAGGCCCCGGACGGCUCGUGCAACACGGACCGGGGCUCUCGCACAGAUACUGACUCUCAACAAAGGGACGUAGCCUUUGCACAGGAGCACUUCGCCUCAGAGGCAGUUUGCACUAACAAACCCCUCGCUCUGAACGGGGUGGAUGUAGCCGACAGGGACGAUUCCAAAGACGCCGCGGGCUGCAGUGAAAACGACCUCUCACCCGACGCAACUGCAGACGGUGAGGGGGGGCAGUCAGACGGGAAGGGCUCCGGUAACGAGACGGAGACGGAGACGGAGACAUCGUUGGGCCGGCCGCUGUCGACAGACGCUCUAGAGGAGUACGGUGACAUGAGCACCACGGGCUCGGUGCCGUCUCCGCCCCUCCAAGGGGAGACCGCCACGCCUGCUGACCACAGCCAGCUGGCAGAGGACGACGAGGACGAGGACUUUGGGGACUUUGGAGACGCCGGCUCAUUCAGCGGUCAGGGCUUUGCCGAUUUUGACCAGCUGGACGUCCAGCAGGAGCAGAGCCGGUCGCACAGCUCAGCCCCUGCACAGGAAGCUACGGACGCCAAGGACGAUGACUUUGGCGACUUCAACUCCCCCAAAUUUCACACCAGAGGAGAUGAGGGGGAGGAUGGAGGCAAGUUUGCAGAUUUCCCCGUCAGUGACAGUUUUGGGAAUUUCAGCUCUGCUGCUGAAGGCGCGGACAGCGAGGCGGAUGCAGGGUGGAGCGCCUUCGGGGAGCAGCAGCAGCAGCAGCAGCAGGUGGAGGAGGAGUCCUGGGCGGCGUUCAGCACGGAGCACAGCGUCGCUCCUCCUGCAGAAAGCAGAGAGGAGGAGGAGUGGCACGAAAGUGAACCUCGUGCAGCCAGCGAGGAAGCCAGCAGGACAGACAACCAGUCGGCGUCGCUGUCGAGCCGUCUGGAGAAGCUGUUUCAGAGCAGCUUCCCUCAGACGGCCGUCCCCCCAGUGGAGGACGUGGUGGCGUCCCUGAAGAUCCUGCUGGAACCUCCAGAAGACAAACCACAGCCGGGAGCCGAGGAGCAGAAGAGGCCGCCAUGCAGUGGGUCUGUGCGCGGCGGCGUGUGGACGCAGCUUCAGGACAUCCACGAGGCGCUGGGCCUCAGAUACCAGUGGGGGGGCUCCUACUGCAACAAAGCACUACUCUGCUGCCUGGGCAUCGACACCCGAAACAUUCUGUUCACAGGGCAGAAGAAGCAGCCGGUCAUCGUGCCCAUGUACGCCGCCAGCCUGGGGAUGCUGGAACCAACCAAAGAGCCUGUGAAGCCCGUCUCUGCAGCAGAGAUGAUCGCUUCCAUAGCCCAGGCGCCUGCAGUGGCUCCAGAGAAAAGCUCCUGUCCCCCAGACACAGUCCAGCAGGAGGCGCUCCCACCCGUCCAGUUCGACUGGAGCAGCAGUGGCCUUACCAACCCUCUGGACGCGAGCGGAGGCUCGUCUCUGUUAAACCUGGAUUUCUUUGGUCCUGUGGAGGAUUCAGGCUCCACCAGCUCACCCUCCAUCCCAGGCGUCGACCCCGAGCUGUACGAGCUGACCACGGCCAAGCUGGACCCCGGCAGCUCCGGCAGUCGGGUGGCUGAUGCCUUUGCCCGCCUGAUGUCCACCAUGGAGAAGACCAGCACCUCCACCAGGAAGCCGAGGAAAGAGGAGAAUCUGAGCGAGGAGGCGGCCAAAGUGAUCGCACGUCUGCCGGAUCUCUCCUUCAUGCAGGCCAAGGUGCUGAUGUUUCCCGCCACGCUGACGCCGCUCGGCUCCCAGGCCACGGCGGACUGAAGACCCGCCCCCUAUACUGACAUCACCCCCUCCUUCCCCCUGACCACACCCACUCAGUCAAUUUAGCCCCGCCCACUGACUCGGUCCAUUUUAUACAGUUGUCGUCUUUUUUUUGUUCUAUUGCUGCGGCUUAGUCCCUCCCUCCCUUACAUACAUAUAUUUUUUUUUAAUUUGCGCUUUUGUUUUUCAACUUAUAAUUGUUUUUUUAAAUAAAGCGAAGCAUUUAAUAUCACGGGGAACAGCUCGGAUGUGGAGGAGGGGGAGCGCCUGCACAUUUAACGGAAUAGGAAAUUAAUUAAUUUAUGAGUUGAUAAUUUAUAGAGGAAGGUUUAGAAGCGUGUGCUGUUCAUAUCUAGAAGAAUCAUCGUGUAUAUAAUCAGGGAUUAAAUGUUUCUUUUCCUUUUUUUUGUUUUUUUUAAAUUCUGAAUGAUCUGUGGAGGAUGAUUUUACGUCUCUGUGGUGGGAGUGUGUUCGUGUCUGUCUGUGAAGGAAACACUGGCUCAAAGCUCUUUGAAUCAAACUGAAGUGGAAUAUGUGUAUGACAAGUUUAAAUUAAUACAUUUAUAUACAUAUAUAAAAUCUAUAUAUAUAUUUAUCGACUUGAAACCACACUGCCUGCAAAAUCCAGCUGAAUGUUUUGUCCCCUUGUGUUUAACGGCCUUAGUUUUUACCUGCGGUCGGUGUCGAUUUUUAACCUGAUUUUCUUUAACCCGCAGUUCCAUUCUGUCUUUUGGUUUCUGUAAUUUAACGUAGCUUUUUAACAUAAAUGAUGUCCAACCCCCCCCACAACUGUUGCCGCAGUCCAUCCGUAGUCUCUAGAACGCAGGAUGACUGUUUUUAUUCUUUAGUUUGGGAAACCUCCACCGACCAAACGCUGGUGAAUCUGGCGAGUUGUGUUCUCAGUUGUCAUUUGGAGGUUUUAUUUUUAUUCCAUGUUGAAAUAUUCUUCGCAGAUAUUCCAGCUGUUGUGGCAGGUGGAUGAAAACAAGUUUCCCUCCUUGUUUGUGUCCACUCUCUCACUGUUUUUUUUUUGUUUGUUUGUUUGUUUGUUUUUUUUUGUUUUGGGGGGUAAAAAUGGGACUUUUUGGUUAAAACCACUAAAACUCGAUGAAAGUUUCUCGGCAGUGAAGGUCAACUCGCAUCAGAAGGGAAUUAAGGGACCAAUUUCUGCUUCCAUGUGUUGGGUUAUGUACACUGUUCCUAAUAUGAAGUGCUUUUUAUGGUUGGCUCUUAUUCGCUAAGUUUUGAGAUAUAUAUAUAUAUAUAUAUAUAUAUAUAUAUAUAUAUAUAUAUAUAUAUAAAAAUCACUUUUUUUUGUUUUUUUUGCUCAUACUACUGUCAGCCCCGUCUCCCAGGAGGAUUUUGCACAUUGUAAAGAUGAAAUGGAUGUAAUCAUAGUUCACUGUGGCUUUAGACUGUGUACAGUUAAACUAUGGACUGUAAAAUGUACGGGGAAAUUCCUAUGGAAAAAAACUGAAUCACUUGAAGAGCCUGUCAAAAGGUUAUUGUGCAUGCCCAGGUUCUUUUGAGACUAUAAGUGUGUAAAUUUUACUUUUAGUGUACACAAGAAAUUAAAAUAGUUAUCUUCUC